AUGCUUCUGCUGCUGCUGCUUCAGGCAACGACGGCUACUAUCGUGUCUGCAGAUGCGUCAUGCCUGAUGCAGACCAACAGCCCGGAUCGCAAGGCUCUACCUCAAGGGUCGCGCUUGCGCACGGGCGAGGCAGCAGCGGCUCCCAAGGAAGCGCUGCAGCAGUUGGCUUUCAGCGCCCGAGGGCUGGUGGAGACCCUGGCCACUCUGCAGAGGCCAUUGCGCCACCGGGAGCUGCUUCUGUCUCAGCCUCCUGAGCCUCAUGUAGCGCCUGUGCCGCAGGCUAAUGCCACAGCCCAGAUACCUACGAACUUCAUUGCGAAGUAUCAGAGGCUUUCCCCGAACAAAACUCUGGUGAUGUGGGUGCUGGUCUUGACUCCGGUGUGGUUUCUCGUGGGAUGGUGCCUUCUGCGCCUUGAGAUGAACAGGCCUGUGACAAGUGUGCGGGAGAGACGCGACAGACCUGAAGCGCGAGGCUGGAACUUCCACUGA